AUGCUUGGCCCGGCUGGGUCGCUUCCCCUGCAUUCCUCUGCCGUCCGGGAGAAAGAGCAGCUCAGGCGUGCCCACAAUGGAGGACCAUGGAUACAACCUGUCCUAGUACCCAUUCCUGGUGUACAAAAUCGUCGUUUACGUCUGCCUUUGCCUGCACUUCGUUUACGACGACAACGAGGGCCUUUAUUGGUCUGCUUCGCCUGCAUGGCAGUCGUCUUCACCGUCGUUCUUGUCUCUCGGUCCUUUGGACGAAAUGAAUGGGACCAGUCUUCACGAGGAGAACCACCCACGCUCGUUUUCCGCAAAGAAGACCUCCAGAGGAUAUGGCAGUGGGAGAUUGCGAGCGGGCACUUCCCGAGUCGGCACAGCAUCCCGAAACAAAUUGGCAUCGUCGAGCCUCCUGUUAACCCUGCUAUACCACCGAAAUCCCGCACAAUAACCCCCUCGAGAUAUAGGCCCGCCUCCCCCGAUGCUGCUAAUGCAGACACAGAUACCCUUGGAGUCGGCCCUAAACGAAAAUACCCAAACAUUCACAGCACACCUCCUCAUGUCUCAUUUCCCCCACGCCCGAUACCAGGGAGCAUUGCAGAUUUGGAUGUCAUUAUGAAGCAUUGCGACUUUUCGCAAGGGAAGUAUGUCCGCGAUUGUCUGGAAGUGUUACGGAUGGGCGCCGGUCUCGACAACGGCCGGAGAAGUCGACGCGGAAGCUUCGAAGACUGGAAAUACAUCUACUUAGAAGAAGCCAACUCUACAACGUCCGACGUUGAACCCACAGACGAGGACCCCCUCCAGACGCCCAUUUACCGGCCCGCAGCUGCCAAGGAAAAGGUCAAAGAUCGCGACAGCGAACUCCUUAGAAAGCAAGGCGCAAAAUGGGAGCCUGCCCUCACACUUCCUCCUCCCCUCACUCCUCGUCCCCCGACUUCGCUUAAUGAAUCCUGCGACUCAGACGCCGAAAAUCCACGCCUCUUUCAUAUGUUCUGGACAGGGCCAUUCACAGACAAGCCCUAUUUAGCUUUGCUAUCAUUUCUUUUCUCCCAAAACACGCGAUUACACGAACCUGCAAAAACCCUGGAAUCUACCACUGUGUGUCGACCACAGUUCUGGUUAUGGAUUAAUCCUGGUCCAGCUGCGUCGGUACCUAACCCGACGGCACUGCAGGAUAUGUUUGCAGAGUUGAAAGAAAAUCCAUGGGCAGCGCCAUUUUUGCACCCUCGCUUCCACGAUGUCAUCCGGUUCAAGUUGUGGAAUACGACAGAGAGACUUGAUGCAAUUGACGAAAUUAGAGACGAAUGGAGAGAUCUGCGCGACAUGCUGUUCAAUUCGGGCGGGCACAUCAUCAGUGUUCCGGAAGUCGAGGAAAGCGCGGCGCAAAGCGUUAGUGAUACGACAAACACAACUACCGAUGCCCAGCCAACGAAAUCGAACGAUAUGCUACAUCGUACCGGCUCAAAGUCGUCCUCGGAAUACGACCGCAUGAGCGUGAUUCUCUCUGACAUGGCGCGUUUCGUUCUAUGCCAUACUUUUGGCGGGGUUUAUUUGGACGCCGAUACGAUCCUUCUACGUGAUUGGGAGGAGCUUUGGAACAACAAACGGGCGUUCGCAUAUCGAUGGUCGCGUUUAGAGAAGUACAACACGGCAGUUUUACGCAUGAAUCGCGGGUCUGCGCUGGGAAGUUUCCUUUUCCGGACCGCGUUACGCAACGGACUGGAUUUCCAUCCUAUGACGGUUUCACGAUAUACCGCAGACGCAUACCUCGAAGGUCUUCUCCUCCGUCUUCCAGAUGCACUGUUCGAUGCUGCUUGGUUGAAUACCGAAUACUUCCAGCGGGACCGGCCACCACAACCUUAUUUCACCGAAUUUGGCGACUUUUUCGACACGCCUGAGCAAAACAGCGCGGCGCCACAGGCACUGGGGAUCGAGGGCUUCUUCAAGGGCUCAUAUUCAUACCACUUCCACAACUUUUGGUGGAAGCCAUUUGACCCAACCCGCAACUGGCCAGAUCUUGGUCCGCAAUUCAUCAAGGGCGAGACCGCCGCCCGGAAGGCGCAAGCGCUGGAGCAGCAACAGGAGGCGGCGGCACAGCUUGCGCUCGACUGGAAGGAAGACGACGAGCAGCCGCCGAAACGACAGGAAUUGGACCCUUUGAAAGAGAGCGAGACCGUCGCUGAUGACAAACGGGAUCUGGACUGGUCGGCGGUGAUAAAACGGACGUUCGAGUCGUACAUACGGGGCGAGCGGCCAAAUCUCUACGGAGAGUGGUUGAUGUGGUAG